AUGAUGAGAGCUCCUCCUCGGCUACUGUCGCCUCCUUCCUCCGCCACGGCUCCUCACCUCCUCCUCUACGCUUCCUCCGCGGCCUGCCGCCUCCCUCCCUCCGCGGCCGCCGUCGCCCGCUCCGUCUCCGUCUCCACCACCACCGUCGUCGACGCCCCGGCCCCCGCCGCCGAGCCGGGCUCCUCCGACUCGGCCUCCGCCACGCCGCGACGCCGCCUCAUCCUCCUCCGCCACGGGGACAGCGCGGUUGGGGAACGCUUCACCAGAGAUCAUGACAGGCCACUGAGCAAAGCUGGAAGAGCUGAUGCAAUAAGCGUUUCUGAUAAAUUCCAUCAAAUGGGAUGGAUACCUGAGCUUAUCCUAUGCAGUGAUGCAACUCGUACAAAGGAAACUCUUCAGAUCAUGCAAGAGCAUGUUCAAGGAUUGUCUCAAGCACUUGUGCAUUUCAUCCCAAGUUUCUACUCGAUUGCUGCAAUGGAUGGUCAAACUGCCGAGCACUUGCAAAAGGCAAUUUGUGAAUAUUCAACUGAUGAGAUACUAACGGUGAUGUGCAUGGGACAUAAUAAAGGAUGGGAAGAAGCAGCCUCUAUGUUUUCUGGUGAUUCCGUGGUGCUCAAGACGUGUAAUGCUGCAUUGCUAGAAGCUGCUGGGAAAUCAUGGGUUGAGGCUUUUUCGCAGGCUGGCCUUGGGGGGUGGAAGCUUCAUGGCAUUGUAAAGCCAUAA